UUGCUUAUGUAGCGGGGCACAGGUACUCAGAUAUCAUUCAGUGAGCAGAGGUCCUAGGUGCGACUGUUCGCCGCUUCUAGCUCUAAGUUUAUAUAUAAUUUAGUGCUCUAUUUUAUUUUCGUUUUGGAAAGAAAUAUAAUCGGUGAUAUGAGCCUGGACGCGUUUUUGCAUGGUUGGUUGCUCCCGGAUGACGAAAACGACCCGAUGAAUGAACAGGCCCAGAGCAGAAGUCAGGAUUCUGGAGUUUUCUCAGACGACGAAAGCCGUGAUACAGUCUGCCUCUCCCCUGACCGAGAGGACCUGCUUUCGAGUGGGGAAGAGUCAUUUUCGUUAACACCUGAAGGUCGAGAAAGCCUGAUCCGUAGGAUGUCAUCGGAGGAAACAAAACACACCUAUGGUGAACUACUUGGGACUCCUGAUGGGGAUGAUUCAGUCUAUGGUUGCCAGUUGUUUAGAGAACCCUUUGACAAAACCGGUCUGCAACGCAGUUUAUCACUGAACAACACCAUGGUUAACUUGUGUUUAAGAGAAUGUGAGCAAGCACCAGUCCGGUCGUUUACAUUACCAGGGCAUUCUCCUAACAAAGAAAACGUCACAGCGUCUAGAAAUGCAAAAAGUAGUAGAAAUAGUUUUAAAUGGAAAAGUAGAGGUGGUGAUUCUGAUGAUAAUACUUUCGAGGGCUCUAGUCCAAGGGAAAUUAGUCAUACAGUUGAGCCUGCACUACGAAAACAUAGUUAUAUUAGCUUGCCCCCAACGAAACGUAAACGGAAUUACGUAGACCAUGCAUUUGAUGUUCUCGAUACAGAACAGGCCCGUAAAAAGAUGAAAUAUAGUUUUAGACAAAAGCAAAGUGAAGGCUAUAAUGACACUUCUGAUUCUGUUAUUUGGGCAGACGAUGAACCUCCGGCCUGGUUAGACUGAAAUGUCUCUUACCAGGUGAGGCAUUUAAACAGAAACGGUUGCCAGUGGUAAACGCUCGGAUGCAAAGACCUACUUUCUCUAGACCCAUUUCUUUGAGGACUUCCAAAAGACAUCUAGAAAGAAGUUCCGACGCCAUGACGUCACAAUCCUCCACUUCCGAAGUCAUGACAUCGCAAUGCUCCUCCACUUCCGGAAUUUUGACGUCACAUCAUUCCACCUUCCAACUCAUGACAUUGUCACCAACAAACGUCUCCCCUGAGGCCAAGUCAUCCACUUCCCAGGAAGGAAAACUUUUUAUUAACCUGGUUGCAAAAGUAGCCCCUGAGGGAAGCCGAACCAUCGAGACCAAACCCAUAGGCCUAUCUACAGUUGCUAAGCAAGAGCCCGUUUUCAAAAUUCCUGAAGUGCUUUUUUUGAGGAAGAGGCGACCGAUCAUAAUAAGACAAAGUCAGUUCCUUAGAGGGGCGAAGCGAGAAAAUGGUGUGGUUAGCUGACGAUUAAUUUAGUAUAUAAUUCAUAAAUGAGAGUUUAUUUUAUGUAGGACCAACAGUAGUACCAUAUUGUUCUACGAACAGUGCCUUAUGAAAUAUAAAUGUAGAUAUUAUUGAAAGUAACGCAUUUAUUUAAUUUAUUUGACAUGAUUAACCUAUUUAUCUAAUUUAUUGGGUAUUAUUUCUCGUAUAUUUAUUAUCACUGCCAUUAAAUACAUGUAUUGGGAUAUUACAGCAAAAAUGUUUUCAACUCAGGUGUACUGUAAAUAAA